UGUAAACAAACAAACCGUGACAUGGAAAUUGCGAGCUGUAGUUAGAAAUAUAAAUAGAAUUCACGGAAAUAUAAACUAUUAAAUACUGAUUUCAUUAUUUAUUGGGGAAAAUUAUCGCCAUGUCUGAUAUUGGAACUACCCCAAAUUUACCACCAGUUGUAAUAGCUGCUAAGCCCAAUCGAAAAGUUUUUCGCUCUACGCGAAAAUCAGUUUCCGGAGUUCCAGCUGAAAUAUCGGAAAACCCUCAGUUGCUUGAUGCACUAAGCGUUUUGCCACAAAAUUAUAACUUUGAAAUCCCAAAGACCAUCUGGAGGAUAAAAAAAACUAAUUCUAAGUGCGUUGCACUUCAGUUUCCCGAAGGUUUAUUAAUAUUUUCCUUAACUAUUGCAGACAUACUUGAAAAUUUCACUGGUGUAGAAGUAAUUAUUAUGGGGGAUGUUACUUACGGUGCUUGUUGUAUUGAUGAUUUUACUGCACGCGCAUUGGAUGCGGAUUUACUGAUUCAUUAUGGACAUAGUUGUUUAAUUCCUGUUAAUGUUACUAACAACAUUAACAUGCUAUAUAUUUUUGUUGAUAUUAAAAUUGAUUCUCUACAUGCAAUUGAAACAGUUGAAAAAAACUUUAAUAGCGAUUCCUCAUUGGCACUGCUUAGUACUAUUCAGUUUGUUGCAACCCUUCAGCAUCUUGCUAAUGAUCUAAAAAAUAAGGGUUUUAAGGUAGAAAUGCCCCAAUGCAAACCUCUAUCACCUGGUGAAGUAUUGGGAUGUACAUCCCCUAAGAUCAAGGCAGCUGAAUCGGUUAUUUUCAUUGGCGAUGGACGCUUUCAUCUGGAAUCUGUGAUGAUUGCAAAUCCUGAUUUAAAAUUUUUCCGGUAUAAUCCAUAUGAUAAAACCAUUACACAGGAAUUCUAUGAUUAUCACAAAAUGACUUCAAUUCGGAAGGAGAGCAUACAACAUAUUGCAACAGCUGAAAAAUUUGGACUCAUAUUAGGAACUUUGGGACGACAGGGUAGCCCAAAAGUUAUGGAAAAUAUUAUGUCUAUUCUUAAAAAGAAUAAGAAAAAGCACAUUAUAGUAUUACUAUCCGAAAUAUUUCCUCAAAAAUUAAAUUUAUUCUCAGAUGUUGAUGCUUGGAUUCAAGUAGCAUGCCCAAGAUUGUCAAUUGAUUGGGGUUAUGCUUUUGGUAAACCUCUUCUUUCACCAUACGAAUUUGCUGCAGCAAUGAAAGAAAUAGAAUGGCAAGAAAAAUAUCCCAUGGAUUUCUAUGCCUCCCAGAGUUUAGGAAACUGGACCCCAAAUCAUCAAGCUGUAGAAAUUGACUCGAAAAAAAUAUCUUGUGGUAGUUGCCAAAACUGUGUCUGCUCCAAUGAAAGUAAAAACUAAUUAUUUUUUUAUAUAUAUGUAUA